AUGUGGAGGCUGAAGACUAGCGAGGGCGCUGGGCCGUGGCUGCGGUCGACCAAGGGCUUCCUCGGCAGGCAGGUGUGGGAGUUCAACCCCGACGCCGGCACGCCGGAGGAGCGCGCAGAGGUCGAUAGGCUGCGUGAGGACUUCACCAAGCACCGGUUCACCAAGAAGGAGUCUCAGGAUCUGCUCCUACGCUUGCAGUAUGCAAAACUAAACCAUCCUUCGGUGGAAGUUCCAAUCAUGAAGCUUGAAAACAGUACGGAACUAACGGAGGAGAUUAUAUCUGUUCCAUUGCGGCGGGCUCUAAAUCAGUGGUUUACUCUACAAGCGCAUGAUGGGCAUUGGCCCGGCGAAUACACUGGCAUUAUGUUCAUUAUGCCUGUUAUGGUACUCUCGCUGUAUGUUACUGGAUCACUUGACAAUGUCAUAUCAUCUGAACAUCGACGCGAGAUACGCCGGUACAUUUACAACCAUCAGAAUGUGGAUGGUGGUUGGGGAUUGCAUGUUUUGGGUCAAAGCACCAUGUUUGUAACAUGCUUAAACUAUACAGCCUUACGACUUCUUGGAGAGAAGCUAGGCGGUGAUGAUGAUGUGUUGAACAAAGGGCGUGCUUGGAUUUUAUCUCAUGGAAGUGCAACUGCAGUACCACAGUGGGGAAAGAUAUUUCUCUCGAUAAUUGGUGCUUACCAUUGGUCAGGGAACAAUCCAAUUAAUCCUGAAUUGUGGUUAGUUCCACACUUUCUUCCAAUUCAUCCAGGACGAUUUUGGUGCUUUGGCCGAUUGGUGUAUAUGUCAAUGGCAUAUCUCUAUGGAAAGAAAUUUGUUGGGCCCAUCACUCCAACUAUAUUGGCAUUACGAGAGGAGCUCUAUAACAUGCCAUACGAGAAUAUUGACUGGGAGAAGGCGCGUGAUUCUUGUGCCAAGGAAGACCUUCGUUAUCCUCGCUCGCGGUUGCUAGAUGGUGUGUUUUUUUUCCUUAACAAGUUUGUGGAGCCAAUACUGAAUAGCUGGCCGGCAAACAAACUAAGAGAAAGAUCUUUGACUAAACUUAUGGAACAUAUCCACUAUAAUGAUGAAACAACUGAAUAUAUUGCCAUCUGUCCUGUUGACAAGGCACUGAAUAUGAUUUGCUGCUGGGUAGAAAAUCCAAAUUCAGAUGCAUUGAAGCGACAUCUUCCAAGGGUAUAUGAUUACUUAUGGAUUGCAGAAGAUGGUAUGACGGCUAAGUUAAUGGAUGGCUGCCAAAGCUGGGAGACAGCAUUCAUAAUUCAAGCAUUUCUUUCAACUGAUCUAAUUGAUGAGUUCAGCCCAACAAUUGCAAAGGCUCACGAGUUUAUGAAAAAAUCACAGAUCCUUGAAAACCAUCCAAAUUAUGAAAGCUUUUAUCGCCAUAGAUCAAAAGGUUCGUGGACUCUUUCAACCGUAGAUGCCGGUUGGUCCGUGUCUGAUUGUACUGCAGAAGCUCUUAAGGCAUUGUUGUUGUUGUCAAAGAUGUCCCCUGACCUUGUUGGCCACCCAAUAGAAGAAGAAAGGUUGUAUGAUGGCAUUGAUUGCCUACUUUCUUUCAUGAAUAAAGAUGGUUCCUUUUCUGCAUAUGAAUGCCAAAGAACAAGCUCUUGGUUAGAGAUUCUCAAUCCAUGCGAGAUUUUUCACAAUGUUUUCGUCGAUCAUCCAUCUGUUGAAUGCACAUCAUCGGUGCUUGAUUCUCUAGUAUUGUUUAAAGGGCUUUAUCCACGUUACCGCAGCCAAGAGAUAGGACAUUGUAUAAGAAAUGCUUCUAUGUUUAUUGAGAACAAACAACGGAAAGAUGGUUCGUGGUAUGGCACUUGGGGUAUUUGUUUUACUUAUGGAACCUUUUUUGCGAUAAAAGGAUUAGUUGCUGCUGGAAGAACUUUUGAAAAUUGUUUAUCCAUCAGGAAAGCAUGCAGGUUUCUAUUGUCACACCAACAAAGUACCGGUGGAUGGGGAGAAAGUCAUCUUUCUGUUGAAAAUGAGGGUUAUAUUGACAGCGGAACUGCUCAUGCAGUCAACACUUCUUGGGCGAUGUUAGCUUUAAUGCAUGCUGGACAGUUUGAAAUGGACCCAGUACCACUAGAUCGUGCCGCAAAGCUACUGAUCAACAUGCAGCUAGACACCGGCGAGUUUCCCCAGCAGGAACAUAUCGGAAGUGCCAGCACCGAUCACGUUUUUAACUAUGCCAACUAUCGCAACUUGUUCCCUGUUUUGGCUCUUGGAGAGUUACGUCGCCGAAUGAAUGCAUAUAGAAGUUGA